AAUAGACAUUGCCCCUCCCCCUGGGUCAUUGCACAACAUCUCCUCGAUUUAUGAGUUUCCCCCUUUUGGGGGAAGCCUUUUAAAGAGCCUGCAUGCCUUUUGAUUUUUAACAGCAACAUGAUGCAGCUGCUUGUGGGUUCUGCUCUUUUUCUGGCAGCCUUCAUUUCACAGGGAGAGGGUAUUAUUGGAGGUAAAGAGGCAGCACCACACUCUCGACCGUACAUGGCCUCCAUCCAGGCUCCGGAGGGAGCCACUCUGAAACAUGAAUGUGGAGGAUUUGUGAUUGCAGAUCAGUGGGUGAUGACAGCAGUACACUGCCUGCCUACCGGACCCAGUGGAAGAAAGGUAGUGCUGGGUGUCCAUUCUUUGAGUGAGCCUGAGGAAACAAAACAAACCUUUGACAUUUUGGAGCUACACAAUCACCCUGAUUUCAGCAUAUCAAACUAUGAUAAUGACAUUGCUUUGAUUAAGUUGGACAGUCCAUUUAAUGUUUCUGACGCAGUUAAGGCAGUGCAGUUCCUACGAGCCGGUGGCACAAAUCCCGGUCCUGGCUCAAAGGUAGAGACUGCUGGCUGGGGAUCACUGGACAACUUGGGGUCUAGACCGGACAAGCUCAAAGAGGUGGAAAUUGAGGUGAUCAAUCCUGGCAAAUGCAAGCGGGUUGACUACUUUGGCAGAAAAUUUACCAGUAACAUGAUUUGUGCACAUAAAGUAUGCCGUAAUGACUGCAAUCAUUCUUAUGGGAUGGAAGACAGCUGUGAUGGGGAUUCUGGUGGCCCUCUGCUCUUCAAUGACAUUGCAAUUGGUAUCACUUCCAAUGGAGGAAAAAAGUGUGGCCAACUUAAAAAGCCUGGAAUUUACACUAUCAUCUCCCACUACACCGAGUGGAUAGACAGAACCAUGGGGGUUCAGACGACUGGAGCACCAGAGCUAAGCACUUAAAUCAAAGAAUAACCAUCUCAGUUGGCAACAGUUUUCAGUGUUUCUGCCACAAAUGUUAGUCUACAGAUCCAUAUAUGCAUGAGUCUAUCUGUGGGUUUUCUCCUCUUGCAACGCAUGAGUGAUAGCAAUUUUGUUCAUAACAACCAGAUUCCAUUCAGAUUUUACUUUGUAGUAAAGAAUAAAAUACAAGUGAUGUCAA